GUUCUGGAUCAGCACGUUGUAACGCGUUCCUGACGCUAGCUCAGAUUGGGGAUAACACGCCAGUCCCCUCCUCUUCCAUUCCCUUCCCUUCCCUUUCCUGGUGAUAGUUGGUGGCACAUGUCCACAGAGCCUUACCGACGGGAUGGAGGAGAGCGGUUCCGUUCCGAUCUACACGUGUCGAAGCCUUUGACGGAGUGGAAGUUCGGCAGAAGCAACUGUUCUUGGACGUCUGCCGCUGGAUACGAUGUUCGCAACACGGCCUCGGAGGACCGGAUCUCGGGAUACGCAAUGUGUGGUGGAGGAAGAUGGCAAAGGGGAAAUGACAGGAGGACGCCGCACCACUUUUUCCCACCCAGACGGCGCACAUAUCCCGCGAGUUUUCUUGGUUCGGAGGCUCUAUGCGAUACGUCCGUAGCACCGACAACACCAACGCAUUGUGAUCGCGACGACGAGACAACUUUCGGUGUAUCUAUCCACAGGAGCCACAGAUCAGCAGCAUGCUGGCCAGAUGGCACUCUGCAGUGUAGUCGGUUCCGGCGGCUGGCGAUCUCCACGAUGGGCUCGCCUCUCUCCCCUUCCAAGCCACGUCUCUGUGUGUCUUCUUUCUGUGGGCAGGCAGUAAACAGCCUAGAAUACCUAAGUCAUGUGUCGAGUCGACUCGACCCGGAUCUCAGACGGGCCGUCCAGGGCUGUUCGACAGCGUUUCACCCUGUGUCUCCGGGUAGUCCCGCCCGGGCCAGACAAUGCUUGUUUGUUGUGUUGGACCGAGUGUGUCCCACUGUGACAGUGAGUGAGCCCGUGUAGGAAACGAUUGAACCAACAGACAUUUGCGACUUCGUAGAUGAGAUGAACAUCUGAUGGAAUCGAGCCUUGAGGCUGGACUUUCAGCCAAACCGACCAACGAGCAAAGUACUCCCGAGUUGAUCGUCUAACCAUCGAUGGCUAUCUCGGUGUACCGGAC